GGCAUGAGCGAGCGAGCACGCCUGGCUGUGUGUGUGCGACCCGUGUGUGGGGGGGCAGUGAGGGCUCGGGGCAGCGUGCGGGGAGGGCUGUGGCCCGGGCAUGCACUGUGCACGCGUGCAAAUGGAGGCAGGUGUGUCCACACGCGGGCAGGGCGCGUGCAGGGGUGGGGGCUGACGUGCUGCGAUGCAUGGCAGCGCAUCCACCUGGUCUGAGCGCUCAGUAGGAGCCAGGCGUCGCGCUGGAUGCGGGCGGGAACGCGACAGAUGUGGCCGCAGCGCCCCGCCCAUGGCACGCCAUUCCAGGCCGAGGACAGCCGCUGAGCAGGGUGCUGCCACGCCGGGACGCGUCCCUGCCGCCCCUUGCUGCUGCUGAGGACCCCCCGCGCCGGGCGUCCUUCGGAGGGGAGCCUUCCGCUGUUCCCAUCGGCCUGCAGGAAGGUUCCGGAAGAGCCAGUGGCUGUCCCCGGGGGAGGGGGGUUUCAUGGGCAACAGCAGGGGCUCCCCGGAGAGGAGGCCAGGCCCGCCAUGCUGCAGUGCAGGCCAGCCCAGGAGUUCUGCUUCGGCCCGCGGGCCCUGAAGGAGGCGCUGGUCUCCACUGACCCCGCCCUGCAGGAGCACUAUGUGUCUGCCUUCACCCCUGCCGAGAGGCUCUUCCUGGCCGAGGCCUACAACCCCCGGAGGACCCUCUUCUGCACGCUGCUCAUCCGCACAGCCUUCGACUGGCUCCUCAGCCGUCCCGAGGCCCCCGAGGACUUCCAGACCUUCCACGCCUCCCUGCCGUCCCGGAGGCAGAGCCCUGCCCGCAAGCACAUCUACCUGCAGCCCAUAGAUCUGAGUGAGGGGCCGGCGGGCAGCGCUCUGCUGGAGCACCUGAGGAACUGCACGGAGGCCUUUUUCUUAGGCUUGCAGGUCAGGUGCCUGCCUUCGGUGGCGGCCGCGUCCAUCCACUGCUGCUCGCGUCCCAGCCAGGACUCAGACAGACUCCAGCUCCACACAGACGGCAUCCUGUCUUUCCUGAAGAACAGCAAGCCGGGUGAUGCGCUGUGCGUGCUGGGCCUCACGCUGUCCGACCUGUACCCAUGCGAGGCCUGGAGCUUCACCUUUGGCAAGUUCCUUCCAGGCCACGAGACUUCACGCCUGGACGCAAGCUGGGACACGGGCGCGGCCCAGCCCGGACGCAGGGCUGCCGUCGGCGGUGGAGGACACCCUCCCCGGCAGCGCCGACUCGGGCCUGAGCUGUGGGAGCGCGUCGGAGCCGGGCAGCAGCCUGUCGGAGCCCCUGACCCCCGACGCGUGGAGCCGCAGCUUCCCCGGGGGGCCGGAGCUGGAGCCCGAGGAGGGGCUGGGCUCGCUGGCCGUCCCCGAGAGCCCGCCGCCGCUCGGACCCCCGCAGGAGGCCAUCGAGGAGCACGGGCGGUGGCUGGCGCUGUGCAUCCAGGCCCUGGAGCGCGAGGUGACGGAGGACGAACUGGUGCAGGUGGACGGGGCCGUGGAUGCCCUGGCCGGGUGGGAGAUGUUCACGGGGCAGCUCCCAGCCCCCAGGCCGGGCCUGCCCUGCGGCCGAGACGGCACGCGGCUGCGCAGGGUCCUGGGGGGCACGUUCUCCUCCCUGCGGAGGAAACUGAGCACACGCAAACUGUCCAAGGCGGGAUCAUCCCCCUGUCGCUGGAGGGCGGAGGAGAAUUAACGCGGGAGCCCAUCUGUCCAGCGCCGUGUUCCCCGGGGGCCUGGAGGAGAGCUCUCCAGGGCAGCAGAGGAAGUGGUGAGAACAGUGCGGUCUGCAGACAAGGGCAGCCUGUGGGGUUCCCGGUCCCGGCACUUACAGCAUCGUUCAUGACCUCUGGGUCGUCACGGACUUUUCCGACUCCUUCCAACGCGGGCCAUGCUAAGGCAGCCAGCCUGUCCGGGGUGUGCGUGUCCCUUCGAUUCUGUCACCCCGUGUUUCCUGCAGCUGAAGCUCCAGCGUGCACACUCGGCUGCCUGCUCUGUCCUUGCUCUCGAACGUCCCCCGUGGCUGCAGGGAGAGAAGCUGCCGGUGCCAACAGCAGUGUUCCUGCAGCGUCGAGUGUGGUCAUGGCUGCUUCUCCCUCCUGGAAAGAGGCAAGAAUAGGGGUGCUCAUACAUUCCGGGGCUAGCUUACAAUUUGGGGGCUAAGGAAAAGAGUGCAAAGCAUACUCCAGAUUUAGGGUCACCCCCCCCAUCCAGCAAGCAGGCCUGAGGCUUCCUGUCAGCGGACACCAGGCAGGAGUGCAGGGUCCCAGGCCCGCGGGGUGCAGGUGCGGGCUCCAGGGCUGGGUCCCGGCUUCCGCAAGCAUCACCGUGACCAGGAGGUCAUGGAGGGAAAGGGGGGAAGCUGACGGAGGUCUGCACGCGGGGAUCUGUCGCUGCGAACACAGCCCCCACCCUUCGUGCCUUAGAGCCCCGACCCUCUGCUCCGAGCUCAGCUCAGGCGUUUGGCCUGGGGCCAGAGCCAGUGGGAAGGUCGGCCUCACGGAGGGCUGGCUGCCGGGGCUGGGGCCGCACAGCCAGGAAGGUGACGGGACCCCCGGGAGCGUCUCAGAGCCUCGCUGCCACCGUACCCCAGCACGGCUGUCACCCAGGUCCACGGGGAGGGGCCCUGGGUGCCCCCUUCCAGGCAGAGCAGGGGCGAGGGGAAACCUGCCCUGUGAGCACAGCUUGGAUCGGCCAUCCUGCCACCUCCGUCAGGUUACCUGUUUC